AUGAAGCUUGUUUGUGUACGCAGCCGAGCAGUCGUCGAGUUGCCCGAUGGUGCACUUCCGCCUUAUGGCGUUUUUUCCCACACGAGAGACAGGCCCCUUUUACGUGAGCAUCUCGCUGUUGGUUCGGACUUUGUUGGUUCAGACUAUGAUGUGCCCCCUCCACACUACUCACCGAGCCCAACCUCCCCACCACUGCCCUACUCCUACAUCAGCAAGAAUUCCUCGGCGACCAACACAAAAUACCAUGGCUCCACCUUUAACAACACCAACAAGCGUCCCUACACACUCAAUACCAAGAGCACGUGGGCGCUCUGCGGCGACACCCUCGAGCAUCUUUGUCGACAUGCGCUGCGCAGCGGCAUCGAGUAUGUCUGGAUCGACGAGUUUUGCAUCGACAAGACAUCCACGGCCGACCUCGACGAUGCCGUCAAUGGAGCCCGGCGUCGCCUGCGCAACUCUGCCGUUUGUUUCGCCCAUCUCCAUGAUCUCCCCGCCGCCACGGUGACGACGACGACAACAACAACAACAAUGACGACGAUAUCCGAGGCCGAUGCCUCAGCUUGGAGCCGCUGCCGGUACUGGAAGCGGGCUUGGACCCUGCAAGAGCUAAUUCUGCCGCCGCGCGUGCGUUUCUACGACGCCCAGUGGAACUACCGCGGCGACAAGGACUCGCCGGUGCUGGCGCCGCUCCUGUCCCGCAUCACGGGCAUUCCGCGCAGCGUCCUCGUUGACGCCGCUGCUCUCGCCGAUGUGGCGCUCGCGGUGCGCAUCUCGUGGUCAGCCGGCCGGGCCGCUGCGCGUGAGGAGGACACGGCCUACGCGCUCGUCGCCGUCACCGGGGCCACGCUGCCCGUGCGCUACGGCGAAGGAGCCUCCCGUGCCUUUCUCCGUUUGCAGGAAGAGUUACUUCGAGACACGCGUGACGGGUCACUGCUCGCCUGGCGGAGUGCCCGCGGCGACGACGGCGAGGUCCGCGGCCUGCUCGCCCGCUCGCCCGCCGAGUUUGGCCACUUCGCCGCCACCGCCACCGCCACCGUCGCUGCACAGGAGCCGCAACGACCUUGGGUAUUUAACGGCAAGGUUCGCUUUAGCAGCAAGGGCAUCGAGCUCGAGUCGCGCGUCUGCAAGGGCCCUGGGUGCGUGCUGCUCUCCAUUGGCCAGAAGCGUCAGGACCUGGGUACGAGCAAGAGCAUUGCCAUUUGCUUCCGCGAGUGGAACGGUAUUUAUGUACGAGUCGCCUCGGCGUUGCGUGUGUCCUUGUCGGCCCUGCGUAGCUGGCGUUGCAUUGACGUAAUGCGCGACGUCGACGACAGCCAUUCACGCUCACUCCGAAGUCUCUUUGUUGGCAUGCCAUGCCGCAUCGAGAUGACCAAGCGUGGUGGCCUUGAAGGUGCCUGGCGCCCGCCAUCGCUGCCUCGCGUGGUACAGGACAGCGAAGAGGUUGUUGUACAGCACCAGGACCACCAGGACCCCCAGGACCACCACCACCCCCACCAGCAGGCAGACGUCAAGAUGGACGAGGGUGACGAGGUCAUGCUUCCGCUCAGCCCCCAAAAGAGCCAAACGCCUUCCAACCACUCUGAAGGCAGUUACGUAUAUAUAGCCAUGGCUGGGUCCUGGAUGCCAUCUCAAGAGCCGCCGCCCUCGUCCUCCUUUCGACAUGCCAAAGACCACGACACGUACUCUGACGCCGGUGCCGACGAAGACGUCAUCUCUUCUGCCGAUAGCGACCCAGGAAGCUUGACGUCCAAUAGCGCCAGCGUCACCGAGUCAGAAUCGGGCGACGACAGCAAUGACGGCCCCUCGCACCACCCGUACCCUGUCAUGAUGAAGGCAUCUGCUGAGGCAAACGACGACUUUGACGCCGAUGCCCCCGCCACCGAAACGCGCAGCACCACGACCCUCACUGCCGACAAAGACGACCGUGACAGCCUCCGGGGCCUCGUCAUGCAGCCCGCCAUCCGCGACCAUGUCCUCGCCACAUCCUACCAGCGUGUCAUGGCCUGGAUCCAAACCGUCACUUACGUGGAGCCGCCGCAGGACCGCAUCCCACCGCCCAGUCGCAUCAACCCUACCGACUGGUUCGCGUCCGCCGAAUCUCUGACGCUGCUCUGCGGCAAUGGCAACGGCGACGGGCCUCGGGAACACAUGGUCAAGGUGUCCCGGCCUGACGGCUACUUCCAUCUCGCGUGCCCCUUCUUCGCCGCUGACCCGGCCGCCCAUCGUUCGUGUGUGCUCGCCGGCCGCGACCUGCAGACCCUCGCCGGCGUGCUGGCCCAUAUUCGUGCGCACCACCCGCCGACGGCCUACUGCGCCUUUUGCCAUUGCGACUUUGCCGCCGACUACGACGCCCGCGACGCCCACAUGGCCCUGCGCACCUGCAAGCCCGUCGGCCACUUUGCGCCCCAAGGCGACGCCUCCCGCAAGGGUGUUCCCGAGGCUCAGCUACGCCGCAUCAAGGACAAGGACAGGCUGCGCGCCGCCCGAGGCAUGGGUGAGGCCGAGCGAUGGCGCCGCAUCUACGGCGCGCUGUUUCCAGACUUGGUUCAACGGACCGCCUCGGACGGCUGCGACCCGUACCUGCGCGGGGGCAACGGUUACGCCGUCUCGCUAGUACACGACUACUGGACGCUGCACAAAAGAGAGUGCGUGGCCGAGGCCUUGGAAGCCUGCGGUGGGCACGAUAUUGACGAGCUGAAUGACGGCGAGGCCCUCGAUGCGCUCUAUCAGUCGACACUGACGGCGCUCGUCACCAAGAUUUAUCACGAAUGGCAUUUGAAAAAAGAGGAGGCCUAG